UUUCAUAUUUACAAUGAUAAUGGGAAAAAAUAGUAGUAAAUAAGAAAUUGUUUUGUUUAUUUUUUUUUUUAUAAAAACGUAGCCUCUGGCAACAUUGCUUCGUCAAACUGUAGAGUGGUAGAGUGCAAUCAAGUAACCAACCAGCGAUUGAAAAUAUAUUGUUCAGGCAAGGCUGCAAGAAUCUACCAAUCAAAGUAACCACAGUGAGUUUGAAUUUAUUUGAAACUUCUAAUUCAGUGUUUUCAUUGGUCGAGGACACUGCAAAAUGCAUUAUUCGCGUCAUUCGCCAUUAACCGUUGAGUGGAAAGUGAAACCAAAACAGCGAUAGUGAAAGAAAAAUUUGUUUUAUUGUGUGAAACAGUUUGUUUGUGAUUGAAAAUAAAUAGAAUAUUUAAUAAGUGUGGAUUAAAUAUAUAGUUAUAAAUGUGAUGGCUCGUUUUCGAAAUUUAUGUUCUGAAUUUGAUGAGGCCGACAAUGAAGAACACGAUUUGGACUCCUCUUCUGGCUGUGAAUUAUCUUUUGAAAUGUCUCGCGAAAACAUUGCCCCCGUUAGCCCUAUUCAUCUUGGACCAAGACGUUUACAGUUUACAAAUGAAGAUGAAAAUUCAGCAGCACACUUGUCAUUUAGUCCUCCUUAUAAAAGAGUCCGAGCUCUUAGACUGUUUGAUAACCCAUUAACGCCGAAAACCAUUUUGGAGAAGUCUUCAGUAUGUGGAACACCAGCACCUCGUAACCGUUUAUUUUCUCAUUGUGAAAGGCCUCGAGGAGUUGCAAGUGCUUAUCCUAAUAAAUUAGAAAAACCAGCUGCAAAUGUUAAUCCUUUUACACCAGAUGGUUUGAUGAUGACAAAGAAACGUUCAAGAUCUAUUCGUUCUCUUAUAAGUUCACCUGAGGGGGUCCACCUUACAGUACCAAAAUUAGAAUUAAAUGAUUCAGAUGCAAGUGACAUUGAAAUUGAGCAACCCACUAAGCGUGUUGCAUUGCAGGAAAACAAUAUUUCUAGAUAUUACAAAGAAUUCAUAGAAUUAGAACUUAUAGGCAGUGGACAAUUUGGUUCAGUUUAUAAAUGCAUUAAUCGUUUGGACGGCUGUGUUUAUGCUAUUAAGAAGUCAACUUGUCCUGUUGCUGGGAGUGCCUUAGAAAAAAAUGCUUUAAAUGAAGUGUAUGCUCAUGCAGUGUUAGGAAAACAUCAACACGUAGUUCGUUACUAUUCAGCUUGGGCUGAAGAUAAUCACAUGAUAAUUCAAAAUGNCAAAAUAAUUAUUCAUGAAGUAGUUUUGCUAUUGAUGUUUGAAUUGUGGGCUUUAAAGCAAUGUAUUAAAAACGAGAAAGUGUAA